CAUACCAUCAAAUUGAGGUGCUCCUCGUUAUAUUCAUAUACUAGACAGAAUGCAAGAUCCAUAACCUUGAACUCCCUAUCUCCAAUGCAUGAACACAUCCGUUCUUAGAGAAUUUUUGAUCGGGUGGCAAUGCUAAAGAGAUGUGGGCUUCUAUCUGGGCUGAUCCGAGUCAGCAGCAGAGGUUCCACUAUCAACCCAAGGAGGGAAUUAUCAGUAGCAGGAUCGUUCUCUCUUGAUGUGAGCUUACAGUUCACCGAUUCUUCCCUGAGCUCGCAACUGAAGGAUGUCUCUGUCAGAAUAAUCCAUGCAGGCGGUCGGGAAGAGCUGUAUCAGUACUCUGUCUCGGCAGCCCAGCUGAUGGAGAAAUACCCUGGAAUGUGUGUGGCUCGUCCGGAGGUCUUUAAGAACCCAUAUGAAUCAAUUCUCGGGGAGAAUGAUAAGUUGCUUGUAGGCCAUAAGUACUACAUAAUCCCAUCCACUACAGUGAAGAAACUGAAGCGGAGGUAUCAAGCAAGAAGGAGAGAGAAAGAGGACGCAAAAGAUAUUAAGCAGGGGGGGCGAAAGGGGAGAUUACCCGAGGGUGAUGGAAUCGAUGACUUCUCCGAGGAAUCUGUCUGCUCUGCAAAGGAUUUCUACGUCUCCAAGGAAAAGUGGUCCAAAUGCUCGCUGAAGAAGAAGAAGAUGAGAAAGAAGCCCUUUGUGCCACCCAUUCAAAAGGCAAGAACUGUUCGGUCGCUGGCGUGGGAGCCGAGCUUAACUUCAGUGCAAGAGAUCUCUCCUUGACAUCUUUUGACGUUUGAGAGCCGUCUCCUCUUGUGGUUAUGUUUAACUCCUGAUGUCGUCAAAACAGUCCUGUUGCUCCAUAUUCUGUCUGAGGCACUUCUUCAAAAGAGGUCUUUGCUCGUCAUUUUGAGCUCCGGGGUAUUCUUGAUUAUUUGAUCGCCAUUUGUUUAGAUCAAUACAGGAAUAACAGGUUGUCCGGACAGUUCAUGUCGCGAGACACUUGCACUAAAUAAACUAUGCAGAAUUAUGUUGGACUUCACGAUGAUGGAGUUAGUUCUGUUCACCGUUUU